CACUCUCCAUCCAAUUAUUAAUCUCCUCUCUCUUUUUUUGAAGUAUUCCUAAUCUCCUCUGUAUUUGUCUUAAGUUAAAUUAAUUUCAUCGUUUAAUAUUUAAAACACUUCAACGUUGUCAUAACCAUGCUGCCUGUGGACACUGCACGCUUUAUUAUUGGCAUAAUUGGGAACGUUAUAUCUCUGGUCUUGUUCUUGUCACCUUUCCCCGCAAUUUUGAAAAUAUGGAGUGAAAGAAAAGUAGCACACUACUCAUCAGCACCAUACCUAGCCACAUUCAUCAACUGUGGCCUUUGGUUACUAUAUGGAACUCCCAUUAUUCACCCCAACGGUCUGCUAGUGAUGACCAUCAGUGGAGCGGGCGUAGCCAUUGAAGUUGUCUUCUUGUUUGUAUUUUUCUUCUGUUCUGAAAAGAGAAAAAGGUUCAAACUAGGGGUCACCAUCCUCGUCGAAGUUAUUUUCUUUGCAGCUCUAGUUGCUCUGGUCAUUACCCUUGCACAUACUUGGGAAACUCGGUCUGCUAUUGUUGGUGGGAUUGCAGCACUAGCUAGUAUUGUCAUGUAUGCUUCUCCUUUAGCAAGCAUGAAAUUGGUGAUCACCACGAAGAGUGUGGAAUACAUGCCAUUGUCGCUUUCAGUUUGUUCAUUAGUGAAUAGUCUCUGUUGGAGUCUCUAUGCCCUUAUGCGAAUGGAAAUCUUUAUUCUGGCACCUAAUGGUAUUGGGGUGCUACUUGGGCUUCUUCAAAUUGUCUUGUAUGCGAAGUACUACAAAUCUAGCAAUUGUGUUGAAGGAAAGCAAGUUCUUGUGGAAGUUGGCUUCACCCAGGGAAACAAGAAGCCAAUCAGUGAGGCAUGAAAGAAAUGGCACACUUACACUCCUUGGAUGCAUGAUAACAAAACAUUUUCUACUUCAUACAUAUUACAUUUAUGUUACAAUACAUAUGAAAGAUGUAAUAGGAGUAUAUUUUUCUCUUAUGUAUUCCAAGUAAAUUUUUAUCAAAAAGUUGUCAUACACUAAAUAUCAAGUGUAUUGCGGAGUAUUAUUUAUGGAAAUUUCUCGAGAUAUGACCUCCAGAUUAGAGACACAACUUUGACAAGUAACAUGUAUCUUAUCAGUUAUUUAU